AUGUCGUAUCCCACCAGAUCCUUCUCAUCGCAUAUCCGAGCACCAAGCAGCGCUUCAGCUCCACAGUCACCGGCCUUGGUGGCCCGAAUCGAGGAGAAAAAGGCAGAGCUUGAGAACCUCAAGGAGCUGCGAGACUUGAGCGCGAACGUGGCAACUCAGAUGGAGGCCCUGGAGCAGAAGCUCUCGACUCUGUCGGAUGGAACAGAGGUGAUUGCUGCUGUGGUUGGCAACUGGCAUAAUGUGCUACGUGCCAUCAACAUGGCUUCAUCGAAACUGGCAAAGACAGCCGCUGGCGGUGCCACGGAAGACGCUUCAACAAGCAUCGAACCGCUGCCACAAACGCUGGUUCGCAUUCCUACGGAGCACGCACCGACAUUGCAAGCGCAGGCCGAA